AUGUCAACUUUCAAUCGGCUCCUCUCUUUGUCUGCCUAUGGUUAUCUCCUAGUAGGUUUUUGCAACUCUUUGUCUCUGCCAUCCUACGGCACCCAAUCCUCUGCCUCCCAAAGUGACCUCUCGCUUGACCAUUCAAGAUCUGCACUAUGCCGUCGCCAAGUGCUAACAACGGCCUUGGGGGUAUGGUCUUGCUGGCCUUCCAUCGCAUCUUCUUUUACCCCGGAUCCACAAGCCAUUACCAACGUGAUUCUGGAUUCCCCCGAAAUGAAGCUGGGUGUUUAUCUGUAUGACGUAGCUAUUGGUAGUGAAACGUUUCCCGCGGCCAAGUCAGUGCAAUCCGGUAGUAUCGCUGCCUUGGCAAAUGUCCAGCCAGGAAUGAUUGUACUGGGAAACAACUACAAAGAAGCUUCGAAAAGUGUCGUUGAGCGUAUUCGCAAGGGACCCUAUCCCAUUGUCUUGCAGUUUUAUGAUUUGGCCAAUGCAGAAGGCGAUGGUCAAACGAAUAUCACUCCACUACAAGCCUUGCAAUCGGCGCAGGAAAAAGCAAGCCAAGAAGUGGCCAAGGAACCACCGCUAUCAGCCAAAGGAACCGGGCUGGUUGUCCUAAGAAUACAAAAUCCAGCUUCCUGCGAGAAUGGUGGAGCCAGACGAGGCGACACAUUGGAAAUCAACUUUGAAGCCAGGGUUGCCUCUCCAGGUGGCCCAAUAUAUGACUCUACCCAGGAACGAGGUAAAUCCGUCUCCUUUACCGUAGGAUCUGGGGAAGUCAUCAAUGGAGUCGAUAUUGGCGUCAACGGCAUGUGUCCCGGAGAAAUUCGAACCAUGGAUAUUCCCAGUGGCCUUGGUUAUGGAAGGUUUGGUUCGGAUGUCUUUGAUGUCCCAGGAGACGUCCGGUUGUGGUGGCGUGUGGAACUACUGACACUAACCAAAAAGAACAAACGAUGA